AUCAUUCUUGCUCAUCGCCUUUUGCACGUAGGAUACCUUGCCCGCUACUCUUCCCAGCGCCACCCAUCCACUGCUACAUAGCAUCACGACAUUACGAUACGACACGACCCGACACGAUAUAGGCGCAACUCAUCACAUCAUCUUGACGUCUGACGAGUCUCACAAACAUCUCAUCUAUACCGUCCCAUUAUCUCGAGAGCCAGACUCACCGCUCUGCAAGCAAACACCUUCCUGACUCUCCCCACCUCCCACACAUUGGCCGCCCGUCAUGGCGUCAUCGACUUCGUUCAGCGACAUGAAUUUGUCCAUUGUUGGCCUUGGCACAGAGUAUCCACCCUACGAGCUCAAGGCCGAUGCUCUCAGCACGCUGAGCGACAGGUUCUACCCAGAGUCGGCGAGCAUGAAGAAGGUUCUCGGCGUCAACCGGUUUACAGGCAUCGACACACGGUCUUCUGUCGGGGACCCCGACCACCCAGCCGUGAACAAGGAAAAGGCUCCCUCAAUAAAGGAACUCCACGACAUCUUCAUGAACGAUGGCGUGCCUCUCGCCAUCCGGGCUGCUGGCAAAGCACUCAAGGAGUCUGCCAUCGACGCCUCUCAAAUCACACACAUUGUCGCCACGACCUGCACUGACUCUGCCAACCCCGGUUUUGACCACUACGUCGCCAAGGAGCUCGGGGUCUCCGACAAGGUGGAAAAGGUCUUGCUCCAUGGUGUAGGCUGCAGCGGUGGCCUUGCGACUCUGAGGACAGGUGCCAACCUGGCCCUGGGCCAUGCUGCUCGCGGCAAGCCUGCGCGCGUCCUGUGCGUGGCGCUCGAGGUCAGCACCACACUGGUACGCAGUGAGCUGGACAGCAUCAACGAGCUGCAGGAGACCAGGAUAGGCGCGUGCCUGUUUUCAGAUUGCGCCAGUGCGGUUGUGCUGAGCAACGGCAUCGGCGAACAGGCUACACCCAUCUACGACUUGCUCGGCUGGGAUCACCGCACCCUGCGUGACACGGAGGUCGACCUGGGCUUUGACGUUGAUCCACUAGGCUGGAAGGUCGUUUUGACCCCCCGGGUGCCCAAACUCACGGGUGCCUCUAUCAAGCCCGCUUUCGAGGAUCUCAUGUCGCAACUGCCAGAUCUCCCCGCCAACUACCGCGCGCCGUCCGACUUUGACUGGGCCAUGCACCCUGGCGGUGCCACUAUCCUGACUGGCGCGGAGCGGGCCAUGGACAUCACCCCAGAGCAUAUGCGCGCGAGCUACGACACGUACAUCAACCACGGCAACUCGUCAUCGGCCACCAUCUUCAGCGUCAUGAACCGCUUGCGAAGCAAGGAGAUGGAUGAGCUGGCCCCUGGCGGUAACGUCAAGGACUACGUUGUCGGCUGUGCCUUUGGUCCUGGCAUCACCGUCGAGAUGUGCAUGCUGAAGCGACACCAGCCUCGUGCGGAUGCUUCGCGCGUCGUGCAUGGCCUCCAGACGCCGCCCAUGACGGACUCGGACGCGGCUAGUGACAAUGUGUCCGAUGGCGAGUGGUCGACGAGUGAGUCGGUAGAGGAGAGGUUACCCGAGGCCGAUAGACAAUUUGUUGCGCAGGCGUUGGAGAAAUUAGACUUGGACUGAAGCUAGAUAAGACGAGGGCGUCGCAUUAUUCACCAUACACGCAUGAGUGAGGUCGCGUGGGGGGUUCUAUCAUUUUGGUCUUUACAUAGCGAUAGGUCUGGCCAUGGGUGGGUUGCUUCGGAAGACGAGUAUAAUUGGUUGUUUUCGGACAGCUUUUCUUUUCAUGAACUCAUGUAUUCCCAGUGUGCUCAUCUCAUUCCAGGCUCACAGCGUCACCUCAGAU